GGCGGCGCGAGGCGGGGCGGAGCAUCGGCGCCUAGCGGAGCCUUAUUCCCGGCCGCACGCCGGGAGCGCUCAGUCGAUCGAGGGAGCUGCGCGCACCACGCAGCUGGCUACCCUGACUCGGGCGCAGGGGCUUGGGCAGACAGAAGCACGCCCGGACCGACGGAGUGAGCAAACAGACACCCAGGGGCCUUUAGAUCUGCGCAGGUCCCAGCAAGACUUGCACCCGGAGGCCGGCAGCAGUCCGUGCCCCGCGGAAUCUCCUGCUCCUCUCCCACCCUAUUUCCCGUGCCUGCGCCCGGUGGCCGCCGCCUCCAAAGUGAUUGCUGCCGCGCCGCCUUCGCCGGGUCCGGGACCAUGAAGCUGCUGCCGUCGGUGGUGCUGAAGCUCUUUCUGGCUGCAGUGCUCUCAGCGUUGGUGACCGGAGAGAGCCUGGAGCGGCUUCGUAGAGGGAUGGAGGGUGGAACCAGCAACCUGGCAUCUCCCACUGAAUCUACGGACCAGCUGCUGACCCCGGGAGGCGGACGGGGCCGGGAAGCCCUGGACUUGAAAGAGGCCGACCUGGACCUUUUCAGAGCUUUCUCCUCCAAGCCGCAAGCUCUGGCCACACCCAGCAAGGAGGAGCGUGGGAAAAAGAAGAAGAAAGGCAAGGGGAAGAAGAGAGACCCGUGUCUUCGCAGAUACAAGGACUACUGCAUUCACGGAGACUGCAAAUAUGUGAAGGAGAUCCGGUCCCCAUCCUGUGUCUGCCACGCAGGUUACCAUGGAGAGAGGUGCCAUGGGCUGAGCCUCCCAGUGGAAAAUCGCCUGUCUACAUAUGACCACACUACCAUCCUGGCUGUGGUGGCCGUGGUGCUGUCGUCUGUCUGCCUGCUCGUCAUUGUGGGGCUUCUCAUGUUUAGGUACCAUAGGAGAGGAGGUUAUGAUGUGGAAAAUGAAGAGAAAGUGAAGUUGGGAGUGACUACUUCCCACUGAGAGAGACCUGUGCUCAAGGAAUCAGCUGGGGACUGCUACCUCCAAGAAGACACAAGCUGAUCACAGUCUCUGCAGAGGGGAAGGACUUCACAACAAGCCAUGAAGACUCCGUUGUCCCCAGUUGCCAUCUGGAUUGGGCCUCCCUUAAUUGCUUUACCAGAGCCUUCAAGUGCCAAACAGAACAUGUCCAACGGGGUCUGGAUCAGAAGGAAGCGAAAGCGAGGGACCCUCGGGCCCUUCCGAUUCCCCUCCAGCGAACCCCACUUAACCUGUAAAGUUCGUUUAAACACUUGUCUUCUGGAUGAAGAUGCCAGUUAAAUUCCAUAUGCUCCAGGAUCUGUGACUGAAAGGAGGAAGAGGAAGGAGAGGAAGAAAGAAAGGUUCAUGGACUCUAAGAAAGUAACAAAGAUUGAAAACCCACAGACUCGAGUAGUCACCAAGGGAUCUGCCAUUGGACCCUCCGGCGCUGGAUUUGAUGAGCUAACUGUGAAAUACCUUAAGCUGAGAACUCUGAAUUUUGGGUCUUCUACCCAAAUGGAAAAAUAACAACUAUUUUUUUUUGUUUGUAAAAAUGCCUCUUAAAUUAUAUAUUUAUUUUAUUCUAUGUAUGUUAAUUUAUUUAGUUUUUAACAAUCUAACAAUAAUAUUUCAAGUGCCUAGACUGUUACUUUGGGAUUUCCUGGCCCCGCCCCCGCCACAGUCCCUCACCAUCUGGCUCAGCAUCACCGUCUUCUGCCACAAAUCUGAGGUGGCUCUGUGGCCCAUCUGCAGUAAGCUAUCGUCUGUCCACAUUUCCGAAGAUCUUCCACGGUCAGAGUGCCGCGGGGGGUGGUCUGUAUGGUCAGGACGUAGGAGUUAACUUUGUCAGAUCCACUCUAUGAGUUGGACUGCAGUCUUGCCUAGGCAAUUUUGUCUACCGUUUGUGUUUUCAAAGCCCAAGGUGCUGAUGUCAAAGCGUAACAGAGAUCGGUGUUUCCCUGUGUCCUCUCCCUGCCCAAUCUCAGAAGAGGUUGGGCUUCUGUGCUUGCAGCUUUCCUGGCCCCUGGCCCGUAUCACCCCAGGCCCACAGAGUGGGAACUCACUUUCCCUUGUGUCAAGACAUUUCCCUUACGCCUGCCACUCUUCUGGUGCUACUCCACAUAGGGGUCAGUGCAGCAGAGGCUGAUCAAGAGAAGGUAUUAGUGGAAAAAGUAGACUGAGAAGGAACAGGGAACAUUGGAGCUGACUGUUCUCAGUAAUUGAUAACCUAUGAAUCGCUACAGAGAAGCUGGAGUAGAGGUGAGGACAGCUCUUACGUAAACCUACCCACCUCACUGAAACUAUGAAUGAAUGCUGUCAUGGUCCCUUCUGGAAGUUUCUGGUGCCAUUUCUCAACUGUUACAACUUGUAUUUCCAAAACUGGUUCAUAUUUAUACUUUGCAAUUCAAAUAAAGAUAACCCUUACUCCAUA